AUGGCGUCGUUGGGCGAUGACCUCCUGGUCACCGUGAACAAGCUCCAGGACCUGGUGUUCAACACCAUUGGGAAUGAUUCCCUUGACUUACCCCAGAUCGUUGUGGUCGGUUCCCAAUCGUCUGGCAAGUCGUCUGUCCUGGAGAAUAUCGUGGGCCGAGAUUUCUUACCACGCGGCAGCGGCAUCGUUACCCGGCGUCCGUUAAUCCUUCAACUCAUCAAUAUUCCCAGUGAGCGCAAUGACAGGCCCGAAAACGACGAGGUCCAUGUCCCCCACACUGCCGCCAGCGUAGCCGGCCAACACGAAUGGGCUGAGUUUCACCAUCUCCCGAGCCGCAAAUUCGAUGAUUUCUCGCUGGUGAAGCAGGAGAUCGAGGCAGAGACGGCGCGCAUUGCUGGCAGCAAUAAGGGCAUCAACCGACAACCGAUCAAUCUCAAGAUCUUCUCUCCGCAUGUCCUGAAUUUGACCCUGGUGGACUUGCCGGGCCUAACCAAAGUGCCGAUUGGCGACCAGCCGUCCGAUAUUGAGAAGCAGACCCGCACUCUCAUCUUGGAAUAUAUUGCCAAGCCUAACAGUAUCAUUCUCGCCGUGUCUCCUGCCAACGUGGAUUUGGUCAACUCGGAGGCUCUCAAGCUGGCCCGGCAGGUGGACCCUAUGGGCCGAAGGACGAUCGGGGUCUUGUCUAAAUUGGAUCUGAUGGAUCAUGGCACCAAUGCUCUGGACAUUUUGUCUGGUCGUGUGUACCCCCUGAAGCUGGGGUUCAUCGGUGUGGUCAAUCGUUCUCAGCAAGACAUCCAGUCUGGCAAAGCGCUGGCGGAGGCCCUGCGAGCCGAGGCGGACUUUUUCCGUCAUCACCCGGCAUAUCGGAACAUGGCAAAUCGAUGCGGGACACAAUUUCUGGCCAAGACCCUGAACUCAACUUUGAUGUCCCACAUUCGGGACCGCCUGCCGGAUAUCAAGGCUCGCCUCAAUACGCUGAUGGGUCAGACCCAGCAAGAGUUGGCAAGCUAUGGGAAUAAGCAGUUCAGCGGAAAAGAACACCGUGGAUCUCUAAUUCUGCAGCUAAUGACUCGCUUUGCUUCCUCCUUCAUCUCAUCCAUUGACGGAACCUCCUCUGAAAUUUCAACCAAGGAGCUCUGCGGUGGUGCCCGAAUCUAUUACAUCUUUAACGAGGUCUUUGGAAACUCUUUGGAGACGAUUGACCCCACGCACAACUUGACGGUUUCGGAUAUCAGGACCGCCAUCCGCAACUCAACGGGCCCCCGGCCCAGCCUGUUCGUACCCGAGCUGGCCUUUGAUCUCCUGGUCAAGCCACAGAUCAAACUGCUAGAGGCGCCCGCUCAGCGGUGUGUGGAGUUGGUGUACGAGGAACUCAUCAAGAUCUGUCACACUUGUGGCUCGCAGGAACUCCUGCGGUUCCCCCGUCUCCAGGGCAAGCUGAUUGAAGUUGUGUCCGAUCUUCUCCGUGAGCGGUUGGGUCCUUGUGCGGGCUAUGUGGAAUCCUUGAUCUCUAUCCAGAGAGCCUACAUCAACACCAACCACCCCAACUUCCCCGGUGCCGCAGCGGCCAUGUCCUCGAUCAUCCAAAAUAGGCAGGAGGACGAGCGGAAAGCCGUUCUGGCCGAGGAAAAGCGUAAGCGUGAGAGACGGCGGCUGAAGGAGCUUGGAGCGACCAAUGGUGUCGCUGGCACGCCAGACGACGAGGACGCACAGUCUGAAUCCAAGUCUCACAACCUCCCCAUUCGAAGCCAGUCUACUAAAGGCGCGCGAAGCAUGUCGCCGCAUGUCGGGAGAGCCGCGGAGAAUGGCAUUGCCGCGACCUUGAAUGGCACGCAUGCGAACCAUCCGGGUGGCUUCGGUGCCUCGCAUACCACGCGCGAUUCUUUCUUGAACUACUUCUUUGGCAAAGAAGGCGGUGUUCCAAGUUUGGCUGUGCCCUCUCAACCUACAUUGAACCGAUCGGGCGCCCACGCAAGUGAGCCUAGCAUUAGCCAAAGCCUUCGCCGCGCCGAGGUACGGUCACCCGUGAUGCCAUCUGAGGAAUAUGCAGCUCCUUCAUUUGAUUACGGUGGUGAUAUGUCUGUUUUCCCCCAUGAAAAUGCGGAGCCUACUUUAACUGAUCGCGAGGUGCUUGAAACUGAGCUGAUCCGCCGUCUUAUCUCCUCCUACUUUAACAUCGUGCGGGAGACCAUUGCCGACCAGGUCCCCAAGGCUAUCAUGCAUCUGCUGGUCAACCACAGCAAGGACGUUGUGCAGAACCGACUGGUCAGCGAGCUCUACAAAGAGGACCUUUUCAGUGAACUGUUGUACGAAGAUGAUGGUAUUAAAGCCGAACGGGAGAAGUGCGAGCGGCUUCUGGAGACUUACAAAGAAGCCGCGAAGAUUGUGGGCGAGGUGUUAUAG